AUGGAAGAUUUCUACAAUAACAGCACCUCACAGAACCAAAGCUAUGAUUACAGCAACAUCACCUCUGACUACUAUGAUAACAGCGACAUCAACAACUAUUACCAAAAAAAUUAUUUUAUCAUGAAUGUGCUGACAUGCAUAAUAAUUGGUACCGGCCUUCCUUUGACCCUCGUGGCUGUCUAUGCUCUUUAUUCUAUGGUGAGAAGUGAUCACGUUGCUCCGAUCUACGUCAUCAACCUCCUCGUUACUGACGUCCUUCAGCUCUGCUACAUGAUCGCUGAUGUAGCACAACCUGUGAAUGGGAAAAUACAUAAGAUCUUCACCUGUAUUUACCAAUCUGCUCUGAUUGCCAGUGUUUACUUCAUGGUCUGCGUCGCCCUGGAAAGGUAUUUGGUCAUCGUCCACCCGCUGUGGUACCGCUUCAGACGAACCAUCAAGACCUCUGUGGCGGUCUGUGUCCUGAUCUGGGUCAUUCCUCUUGUAUAUUUCCUCACUUUGUAUUUCUCACAUUUUUAUGUGCCCCACGCGACAAUCUCGGCCGUCUUCCUCCUCCUUCCCUUCCCACUGAUAAUGUUCUUCCUGGUUGGGACCUUCAGAGCCCUGUCUGCUUCCAUCUCGGUCCCCUCCGAUGAAAAACGAAGAAUAGUUGGAAUUUUGGUUCUGGUGCUGCUUAUUUACACGCUGCUGUUCCUGCCCACCAUCAUUUGUUAUCUGGGAGUAUCUUGUUUUAUUGACGAGACACUCUUCAACCUGUCUUUUGUGUUUCUUAGGUUGAGCCCUCUUGCAGACUUGUUCCUGUAUGUCUUCAUGAGGAAAGGGUUCAUAGACAAGCUUUUGGCCUCUGUGUGUUGCUGCAGAAUGGACAGCAAUGAGAUCAGCAGUUCAUCAGUAUGA